CACGCGAGAUUACGUUUCAUUAUCUUCCUUUUCGAGAUCGGAGCACAAAUUUGAAUUCAGAGAAAGCGAAAGAGAAGAUGGCUCGUACAAAGCAGACCGCUCGUAAGUCUACCGGAGGAAAGGCCCCUAGGAAGCAGCUUGCUACUAAGGCUGCUCGUAAGUCUGCACCAACCACUGGUGGAGUCAAGAAGCCACAUCGUUACAGGCCUGGAACUGUUGCUCUUCGUGAAAUCCGUAAGUACCAGAAGAGUACUGAGCUGUUGAUCAGGAAGCUCCCUUUCCAGAGGCUUGUUCGUGAGAUUGCCCAGGAUUUCAAGACUGACCUGCGUUUCCAGAGCCAUGCGGUGCUAGCACUCCAGGAGGCAGCAGAAGCAUACCUUGUGGGACUCUUUGAGGACACUAACCUGUGCGCCAUUCAUGCCAAGCGUGUCACCAUCAUGCCCAAGGACAUUCAACUCGCUCGCAGGAUCAGAGGAGAGCGUGCUUAAGUGUUGUUUGUUGGGUCGGGUCCUAUUAUGUGAAUGUGGGUUUGCUGUUCUAAGUAGACGUAGCUGGAAUUUUUAGUUAAUGGGCUUAUAAGAAGCUUUUGGUGUUAGGUGACUCUAAAACAAUGAUGAUGGUGUUUGGUUUUUCUUAUUUUCUGUUCAAGUCGGUUUGUUGAUUGCGUUGUGUAUUGCAGCUACUUGUUUUUGUGAACCUCAAUGUUGUUUUGAAUUUCAUUUCUAAAACAAUUAGUAUGUUUAAGUUUCCUUCUUUUUUAUUGUUUUGGAUUAUAUGAGUAUAUGAAUCGGC